AUGGAAUUUGAAGUUCAUGAUAUGUACUUUGAGAAGAGUUCACCAUCAACCAUUUUCGUGUCAAUAAGGAAUGCCGACACAAAUGCCCCCCGAGUGUCCUGGAACAUGGGUCUUAGCUUGUUAGAAGGUCAGUCUCGUCCAAUUACAUGGAACCAGCUCCAAAUUGUGGAUAACGACAACCUAAAUGCUGUUCGCAUCAUCACCGUGGACGGCCUGCUGCAUGGGCGGCUAACUGUAAAAGGUGGAAAGGCCUUUAUGUUCACAGUCAGUGACAUAAAAGCGGGCAUGGUCCACUAUCAUCACGAUGACAGUGACUCUACCAAGGACUUUAUCAUCUUCCGCAUUUCCGACGGUCACCAUCAGACUCGACACAAGUUCCCCAUCAAGAUCCUCCCCAAAGAUGACAGUCCCCCUUUCCUUAUAACCAACAUGCUGCUGGAGGUUUCUGAGGGCCACACGGCUCUGCUGAGAGGCUCCACCCUUCAGGCCUCGGACAUGGACUCCAGUGAUGACUACAUUCUCUUCAAUGUCACCCGCCUCCCUCAGGGAGGAGAGCUUCUGAAAAUCCCAGGACCAGGGCUGGCAGGUUACCCAGUCACCCACUUCCUCCAGAGGGACCUUUCUCAGUCCAUAGUUUAUUAUAAGCACCUGGGGAAUGAGGUGUUUGAUGACUCCUUUGAGGUGGUGCUGUCUGAUUUCCACGACCCUCCAAACCUGUCAGAGCCUCAAGUGGUGAUGGUGCACAUAGAGCCUGUUCCAGACCAGCCACCUAAAGAGGUGCCUGGUUCCACUCGAUGUUUGGUGGUCAAAGAAACAGAUGUGGCCCAUAUCACACGACAGCAGCUCCACUUUGUAGACCAGAGGUCCCCGGACAGUGAGCUGACAUACACAGUCACCACCCUCCCUUUUUACACCGGUCCUCACAGAGGUCUCGAUGCAGGGAGGUUGUUCCUGGUCGACAGCAUACCAAAAUUCACCAAAGACAGCAAUGCACCGGUUCUGAGGCUCUUCACACAGCAUGCAGUGAACUUCAUGAAAGUAGCCUACAUGCCUCCGGUUAUGGACAUCGGCCCUCACCCUCAGUACAUCCAGUUUGUCCUUUCUGUAACCAAUCACGUGGGCAAAACAGUCCCCGGGAUCUGUUUUAACAUCACCGUGAUGCCGGUGGACAACCAGCCCCCACAGGUCAUCACCAACCCUCUGACGGUGGAUGAGGGGGGGCAGAGCCGGAUCGGCCCGGAACACAUGCUGCUGUCCGACGUGGACUCUGCAGAAAAAGCCCUACAAGUGGAGCUCAGGAAGGAACCAGAGCAUGGGACUCUGCAGCUUGGUGGCCUUCCGCUUAAACCGGGGCAGAACUUUACCCUGCAAGACCUGAGAAGCCUUAAAGUUAGUUACAGUCAUGACAGUUCAGAAACUACCAAGGACAGGAUGGAAUUCAUUGCAACAGACGGCACCAAUUCUGUCAUUUUUACUUUGCUGGUGAAGGUGACGCCCGUCAACGACGAGGUCCCGGUGGUGGUCACCGGUUUGAAACCAGUUCUCAGGUGUGCAGAGGGACAAGAGAUAGUCAUCACAACUGAGUAUAUCUGUGCAACGGAUAUGGACAGUGACAACAGCAGCCUGGCGUUCCUAAUUGCCCGGCAGCCUUAUCACGGUGUGGUGCUGCGAGGUGGGGUGGUGGUUGACCGCUUCAUCCAGGCAGACAUCACUGCUGGCAUCAUCUCCUACAGACACACAGGUCUAGAGAUUGGUCUAACACCCCGCCAUGACACCAUCACAUUCGUCAUUUCUGAUGGAGGGACGGAGGCAUCUGCUUUGUGUUGUGGUGGGGGGGACCCCCCCAUCAACAGAGGCACCACUCCACUAAGGGCCAGUUUGCCUGUGUAUGAUCUCCAGAUCACUGUGUUUCCUGUUGACAGCCAGCCACCUUCACUAACAACAGGUGACAUCUUUAUGGUGGAUGAAGGUGGGUCUGCCUCAAUAACUGCGUCUCAUUUAAAGGUCUCUGACAUGGACACAGAUGUGGAUAAGCUCGUGGUCAGUCUGAUUUCUCCUCCCCAGUUUGGUUACAUAGAAAAUAUCCUUCCUAAUCCUGGCUUUGAGACAAGUAACACAGGCAUAAGCAUCGCUUCUUUUCCAUUCAAAGACAUCCUGGAUGGUCAUAUAAACUAUGUACAGAGCAGACACCAGAGGAUGGAGCCCACGGCUGACCAGUUCCUGCUCUGUGUGUCGGAUGGCACGCACAGCUCUGCCCAUGUCCCCUUUUACAUCAUCAUCACUCCUACAAACGAUGAAAUCCCAGAAUUUGUGACUCGCAACAUCACUGUGCGAGAGGGAGAAAUGAAGCAGUUGGAUUCAUCAGUGUUGAAUGUCAUGGACCUGGACAUUCCCAAAGACGAUCUGCUCUUCUCUGUGGUCAAACCUCCUCUACAUGGCAGCAUCAUUAAUGACGGCGACUACAGAAGAAUCACCAAGAGAGGAGAAGUCAACCUUCAAUCCUUGGUAGUCGACUUCACCAUGGCAGAUCUCACCAAUGGUUUGGAUCUGAUGUACAUGCACGAUGACUCUGAGAAUAUGGAGGAUAGUUUUACCAUCCAGCUAAGUGAUGGCAGACACCGUCUCCACAGACAGCUGACCGUUCACGUGCUGCCCGUGAAUGACCAGGAGCCGCGGGUCAUCCGGAAUAACGGACUGGAGGUGGAGCCAGGAGAAGCCAGGAUUAUUUCCAGCGUCAGACUGUUCGCUCAGGAUAGAGAUACCCCCUCAUCUGAGCUCAUGUACAUCUUUGAGAGUGUCCCAACCCAAGGACUUCUUCAACUUAAGGAAGGCCAGGCGUGGGUGACGCUAUCAUCUGGGAGGAACUGUACCCAGGAAAUGGUGGACAUGAACCUGCUGCGCUACCUACACACAGGCCUCCAUUCUACUAAAACACAGGACUUUUUCGUCUUCCACUUGUGGGAUGGAAAUAAUAAAUCCCCCCGACAGCACUUCCAGAUCUCUGUCAAAGACCUAGAAAAAGGAAACAUUGCCCUCUUCGUGAAGCCCCUGACUGUGAGCCGUGGGGAUCGCGUGGUCCUCACCACAGAUGUGUUGUUAGCCACAGACGGCACAGACAAGCCAGAGGAGCUUAUCUAUAGCAUCAACAAGCCUCCUGCUCAUGGGCACAUAGAGUACAUCAAACAUCCCGGACUGGUCAUCUCCACCUUCAGUCAGAUGGACAUCGCAGGGAACCUUGUGGCUUAUGUUCACGACAACCGCGCCAGGAAGACAACAGAGACCUUUCAGUUUGUUGUGAGUAACGGUAAAACUACCCGGAAUGGAAGCUUUGAAAUUCAGGUGGAAAUGGUGGAUCGCGUCCUGCCCACUCUGACCUCCAACAGAGGCCUCACUGUCCCUCAAGGCUCGGUCAUGAUCCUCGGUCCUGACUGCCUGUCCAGCUCUGAUCCGGACACUCCCCCCAGUGCCCUGACCUUUGUCCUCAGGCAGCCCCCGCAAGACCUGACCGAGUUAGAGGUGACUUAUCAACACGACGGAGGGCCUUCCCAGAUUGACCGAUUUGCUUUUACUGUCUCCGACACCACCGGCCGAGGCUUCCUGCUUGAUGGAAAGUUGCAAACAGAGCCUGUGUUCUUCACUGUCCAGAUCAAACCUCUGGAUAAGUCCUCUCCUGAAGUGGUGAAGCUGCUCCCGCUCUGGAGAGCAGAGCUGUUAGCAGACGGACGGAGCGGGAUCUUCCUGACAUCUCGAGAGCUCAGGGCUGAAGACAGCGAUAGCAGAGAGGAAGAGCUCAUGUUCUGUAUCGUUCGUCCGCCCUAUUUCGGCUUCCUAGAAAACAUCACCACUGGCAGUUUUGUCUCACAGCGCUUCUCUCAAACGGAGCUCAACAGAAGAUCUAUUGUGUACAUCAUAGACCCAGACAGCGAGGCUCUGGCGGACAGCCUGGAGUUCAGAGUGUCUGACCCUCUGGGCAACACGGGGCCGGCUCACACGCUUGAGUUCCGGUGGUCCAGCGUGGAGCUCUCCCAGUCUGAGUCCAUAGCGUGUGAGGGGAAGGGAACAGUGUCCAUCGACAUUGUCCGCAAGGGGAAUUUAGCUGAGUCGUCAUAUGUCACCAUCCAGGUGAAAGAGGGGACUGCAACCGCCGGAAAAGAUUUUCUCAUAAACCAUUCAUCUCUUAUUCAGUUUGAUCCAGGAGUAUCGAAGAGGAGAUGGCAAAUGGAGAUAGUUCAAGACCGCAUAGAGGAGGCUGAUGAAACGUUUGAGGUUCUUCUGGUUUCUCCUGAAGCCACAACAGUGGGCAGCAUCAAUAAGGCCAAAAUCACUAUCAGAGACUCAGGAGGAGAACAAUGCAAGUUAAACCGGGAUCAUCAGACUCCUCUUCUUGGAGGAAAAGAGAUCCCAUCAGACAAAUAUCCUCAACAUGGCUCCAUCCAGCUGGAGAAACUUCCGCUUGGCACAGAAUCUGUAAUCUGGACCAGAGGAGACGGGCUCUCCGGGCCAGGGGAGGGUCUCCCCAAAAAGAAACUCAGAGUUACCGACAACCCCAAAUCUAUACCCCCCACAGCCGUGUUUCACAACGGGACAGAUGUGGUUUAUGUCUAUCACGGAAUCAUGCAGAUGCAGGUGAAGGAUGACACCUCCCCGUCCAGAAAUGGGAGAAAAGCAAACAUCCGUGUGGUUAACAGGGGGGCACGGCAGCAGGAACAUCCUCAGAGAGAGGUCCAACAACUACAAAAAAAUGCACUGCCCAGCGGACAUUUGAUGGGACUCCUGCAUCUCAACCAAAGCAUCAAGCAGCUCUUCCACUGUGACGGCGUCUCCUGGAAACCCUGGGUACCAACCGAAAAGAUGGUGAGCGCCCAGGUGUGCGGUCAGGGCUGGACCUUCAAUGAUGGCCGGUGCCACAUCCUCAGUACUGAGCGCAGAGUCACGUGGAGUGAAGCCAACAAGGCCUGCAGAGAACGAUAUAAGGGAACUCUGGCCAGUGUUCUCUCCAAAGCCAACAUGGACUGGCUGUGGGACUUCAGUGGAAGAAAGCCCUUCUGGAUAGGCCUGAACGACCGGGAGGGCCGAGGCCGCUGGGAGUGGGCAGGAGGCCAGCCGGUCAGCUACACCAACUGGAGGAAGGCGCCCCCCCGCUCCAAAAGGAAGGGCAAUAAAAAGUGCGUGCUGGUGUGGAGGAGGGCAAAGUGGCAGAUCAGGGACUGCCGGAGCGGAAGACGCCAUCACUUUGUUUGUUCGGCCAAAAGCUGAAACCAGCAGCACGCCGUGCACAGGCUGAAAUCACCGUGCACGGGCUGAAAUCACCGUGCACAGGCUGCUUCCGGCCUAUAACUGCGGUCACACUUCUACCAAAGAGGAUCCGACACCUUGUUUACAGCUUGUUCUCACUUAAGUUAACCACUGAAAGUAUUACUGCCCGUGCAAAGCUCAGUAAUAGAUUUGAAAUAAGUAUUUACAGUCUUUCACUCGUUUCAAACGGAGCCACUAAUCCCAUCAUGUGACUUCAUGAAAACUGUCAGGGGCUGAAAAUAGGCUGAAUGUGUCUCACUGAUUCUGCAGCAUAACACCCCAUGCCCUGUGAAAUGUGUCAUUUUAAUUUAUACUUCAUUACAUUGUACACCUUCUUAAUCUGAUUUGUUUUUUAUGAUCUUUCCUCAAAAAAUGUUGUAUUCUGUGAUGUGUAGUGGAGUAAAGAUCUGUGUCUAACAUGGAAAAUGUACCUUUGUGAAUUGUGGACUUUUUGGGGAAUAGUAGGGAGAUAUUCUGAGCCAUUACAGGCAUGCUGAUAGCACAGAGAAUUUAUCUGCAAAUGUUUGCUCCAGGAAUAUUAAAAGUUUAUCCUAUCAUGGACAGAACAUGCUAACAAAACAUGUAAAACUCUCAGUUUUAGCGUGCUUGGGGAAAUCAAGAUUGUCUGACUGUCACGUAAACGGAGUGAAAAAAAUCAACAUAAAAUCUCAAUUUUAAAGCAUCAAUCUUGAAUGAAGAUGUCAAGGAAAUAUUUGCAGACUAGGAUGCUUUUCUUUGCGUUGAUUGAAUUACAUACAAUAGGGUCUGACGUAAUUAAAUGCAGUUAUUUAAUGGAAUCUGAAUUAAAUGCACAUCUUCUGAGGUCCAACUGACCUAUAUAAAAGCAGGAAUUGAAAGUUUUCCAUGGGAAAUGCAUUUAGACCUGGUUUACUUUUGACAUUUAUCUUAAUCACUUAUGAGCUGCUGUUGUUGCCCCAUUUUUUUGAAUUCAACUUUACAUUAUUUUGAUUAGGGCCAGUGGGUCUGAACCACAAGGUUAAGCAGCAAUGUGAUUAUCCCCAUCAUGUGACCUGCCCCUGUGCUCUGAAAGAGGCCUUUCAUACGGGCGCUAAACCCUCUCAGACGUUUGCGUGCAGAAAAAAGACACAGUCGCUGCUCCACAUCUCGGUGAGUCCGGCUCUAACUGACCUGAUAAGCAUGUUUGUGAUCUGUCCUGAUGUAUAUUUGUUUGUUCAAUAAGAACAUGUUUAAUGAAUGAGCAUUUGUGUUUAAUUAGCAAUUCAGUCAGAGGAAAGUGUUUGCAGUUUUGACACAUUCUGAGUCCCCGUCUUCUGCAUGUGAAGUCAUUCUUUGAUGGUCAGUUGCAUAUUUAGCUUAUAACUGCCAUGUGCUAUGAAUAAUUCUAAAAUCCAUGGAUGUUUCCUUUUUACACGAAAUGAAAUUUUAUUGUUCUGAGAAUAAAUAUUUCCGUUACCACAUUUAAUAUUAUAGUCGGUAACCAUUGUUCUGCUUUCUCUGAAAAGUUUUAUUUCUACUUUAAAGUUAUCUUUCAAUGUAACAGUUGAUUGUCUUAGUCUGUCAUGUUUGAGACUCCAGCUUUUAAUAUAAAAAGCUCUUUAACGACUUGGAUUUGUUUUUAUUUAUGUCCUAUUUAUGUUCUGCUUUUUAGAUGGAGCAUUUUGCAUUAUGUAAGCUUGAUUUGACAGGGAAGAGCCACAGGCCAGAUGUUUUUCAUUUGAAUAGUCUGAUCAGGAGCCAGCUGUUUCUUUAUUGCUGUGGCUUAUCAUUCUGGGCUCGAUUCAAAUAUUUAAUUCUUUAAAUAAAGCAGCUUCCCUGUGAAACACACAUCUUUUUUUCUAAUUUGCAAAAAUAAGUUUUGUCACUGAAUUAUGGAAAUCUGAUUUUGAUUAGAGAAAUAUUUUCAUUGUCAUCGUUGAUCGACUUCUUUGAUUUAAGACAAUAUAAACAAAUAUGAUGCAGAUCCAUUCUGUUAAAUCAGCAUUAUUUUAAUGUUCUGAACUGUUUUUAUAUUUCACUUUUAUCUAUGUCUAUUUUUG